AGAUCCUCUAAUGCUCCGCGUCGCGCUCGCCGGUCACACUUGUCCUGGAGUCUAAGCUUGAGGGAAAAUCUCGUUUGUCGCAAACUAUGGAUGUCAAAGUGCUGUCGCUGGCGAUGCUGCUGGCAGUGGCCUUGUACGCAGCGCAUGCAAAGCCGUUCGGAAUGGUGGAGAGGUGCUGGUGCCGCUCGACUGUCAGCACCGUCCCGCAACGGGCCAUCCGCGAGCUCAAGUUCCUGCAUACGCCCAACUGCCCCUUCCAAGUCAUCGCCAAGCUGAAGAACAACAAAGAGGUCUGCAUUAACCCUGAGACUAAAUGGCUACAGCAGUACUUGAAGAAUGCCCUGAACAAGUAAGGCGAAACCGUUCGAUACAAGGUGAAGAAGACCAGACGACGAUCCACUUAGGGACACUGCGGGACCGCUCUGUGCCCCCCCCACCCCCCCGCAGCCUGCCACACAAAUACACAACACUCGUUACCUCCCGGGACUGCUUGCCAAGCCAGCACUUACCCACCAGUCACGUUUAUGCAGCAUCGAGUCAGAUUGUGGCUCAUCACCGCCCCCUGCAGACACUUUUCCUUUAGUGCAAAGUGCAAUUAUAUAUGUGUGUCCGAGUGUCAGUGUCGUCCGUCUGAUGUACAUAAGAAAUAUAUAUUUUUUACUGAAAAGCAGGAAUGGGCUAUUCAGAGUAGUUUUUUGUUCACAGUCAGGCCGUAUAUAUAUAGCCAAUAGCCUUGCACCAGCGUCUUUGUUGCAUGGUCUGGGGAUUUAAGUGCUUUUAAGUGCUUAACAAUUGCAUAGAUGAACCUGUGGAACAAGGGAGCCCUAUUUUACACUCGAAUGACGUUGUGCAGUCAGACAUUCCUGUUGUCGCUGAUGCACUUCAAUGUAAUAUUAAAAGCCACAAAAGAAUCAACACACACUAAGAUUCUUAUACAAGCCAUGACUUUAAAUAAAGUUUUUUUUAGUACAUCUUCAGUCUGCUCAAGAAUCGUGGGAAGGUCUGCAUUCCCUCCCUCCCCAGUGUGAGGGACGUAAGACACGCUGCACUGCGUUACCACAAGCAGGUAGCAGGAAAGACGGCGGGCGGUUGAUCAGGACUGUAUCGCUCUUAGGGUCCCUGCAUGGGGUGUUUGCGGCAGUAAUCGCUCACACCCGGGUUUUGCUGUGCACUUUAACAAUCGCGAUGCAAAAUCCUGUUUGUUUUUUUCCUUCGAGGGGAUGCAUGACCGUCUGGGAUUCCCUUUUCCAUGGUUUUUUUUUCAGAGCAGCAAAACUGUUUUUAUAGUGAGGUUCAGUGGGGAGAUUUAUCCUGAAUGACUUCAGUACAAUUACACCAAUUUGGCGAUUCGGUGACGUGACAGGGCCUCCGUCGUUUCCCAUGUUUUUAUCUGCUUUCACUUCCAAGCAGUUAGCAUGAAAUACGUAACCUUUAUUAAUAAAUAUUAUUUUAGUGUAAUUCCAUUUCAGACAGUACAAUAUGAAGGGUUAUGCCAAGAAUGUACUGUUCUUAACAGUAUUACAAAACUUUUCGCAGACGUUGGUUGUUUACACUGAUCUGUGUUAAUGUUACUUAAAUCUUAAUUGAGAAUGAGCAUUUAAUUGAAUGUUUUAUUAGAAAAAACUUUUUUAUUAGAGAAACGCUUUCUGUUCCUGGAUGUUGACAUCAGCCAUCAAAAUUACGUCAUACUUAAUUCAGAAGAAUAAUUAAGAAAUUAAGAAAAAUAACAUCAAGCAAUGAGUAAGACAGAGUAGAUCUUUGUACAGCGAUGUAAUGAAUGAGGAGACAUUUGGAAAACAGCCAGACUAUUUGUAAUGUUUGUGUGACAAAUAGGACUCAGCCUCAUUCCGUUUGGGAUUUCCACGUUAAGACAGCUGCCUUACAAGGAUUUAAACUUGUAGGCUCAUUGUCCCAUAUGAAGGUGUACAUUGUGCAUUACUAAAAGCAAGACUGGAUUGUGAGUGCAUUUAUGGACAGGCAGACAAGAAUAAGUUAAAGGAAAUGGGUACUGAACAAUGGGUAGUAAUUUAAUGCACCGUGAUAGACAUGUAGAAAGUUUCCCAAUAUGUCUGUCCGGUAAGUCUGUCUGUGGAUGGUAAUUGUCAUGAGAAAUUGAAUCGUUUUUGGCUUUUAUGGGAUUUAUUACCUUUGCCAAUGAUGUUUAAGAGCCAAAAGAGACUCUGGCCUCGUUAUAGACUGAUUGGUUGUACUGUAGUAAGUCAUUUUCUUCUCCCUAUUUUCCCACACAAUGUGAAGAAAACCUUUUAUUCUGUAAGGCAGCUUCCUAUACAAGUAUAUUGCAUCUAUGAUGUUGUAUUUAGCUUAUAAAUUGUACUUCACUUUGUAUACAACUUGCAUUAAUACAUCGUUUGAAUUCACGUAAUUUUUCAAUAAACUUUGAAAGUCUC